UAUACAUAUAUGCAGCAGUGUCGCUACUCGCGAGACUAUAGAGUAGAGAGUAGAGUUCUCUCAUAUACAUGGUGGACAUGCGCAUAUUCAUGUCAAUAGCGUGAGAAGAAAAUAUUUUGGCUUUCGGGGGCCUGAAACACCUUUUUUUUUUAAAAAUGCAUAAGUUAAAAUUUUCUCAGCGAGAUAAGGUUAAGAGAUUCAUCACUUUUACACAGACCGGAGAGCAGACUGCCAUUUAUUGUUUGGCACAGAACGACUGGAAGUUAGACCUGGCUAGCGACAACUACUUUCAAAACCCUGAGGCUUACUACAAAGAGCCUAAAAACGCUGUAGACAAGAAGAAGUUAGAAAUACUCUACAGCCGAUAUCAAGAUCCAAGUGAACCAGAAAAAAUCACUGCAGAUGGAAUUAUGAAAUUUUUAGAUGAUUUGGGUCUUACUCCAGAGAGUAAAUUAGUUUUGAUCAUAGCAUGGAAAUUCAAGGCAGAAACGCAAUGUGAAUUUACUAAAGAUGAAUUUAUAAAUGGCAUGACAGACUUAGGUGUAGACAGUAUAGACAAACUUAAGGCAAGACUAGGUAGCUUAGAAGGUGAAUUAAGAGAUUCUCUAAAAUUUAAAGAUUUUUACCAGUUUACAUUCAACUAUGCCAAAAAUCCUGGACAAAAAGGACUUGAUCUAGACAUGGCUAUUGCCUAUUGGAAUAUUGUACUAAGUGAGAAGUUUCAAUUUCUACAAUUAUGGUGCCAGUUCUUACAGGAACACCACAAAAGGUCAAUCCCAAAAGACACAUGGAAUCUACUUUUGGAUUUUGCUCUGAUGAUAAAUCCGUCAAUGACCAAUUAUGAUGAGGAGGGUGCCUGGCCUGUUCUAAUUGAUGAUUUCGUUGAGUGGGCACAGCCACUGUUGCCAGCUGAGCCUGCAGCCACCGAAUGACCGGGACUCUUCGAAUUCAGUUGUUUGGGUCCGCUCGACGCGAACGAGCGCACUCGACAAAUGAAAUAUUUUUUCACGCGAAAUACAGUCUAACACAGACAAAGGAGUAAAAAAAAGCAAACAAACCUAUGGAAAAAUGUCAAGGAAAAAAGAAGAAAAAAAUUGUUGCUUGAUGACUACUGGUAUGAGUCCUUUUUUGUGAUAGGUCACAAAUUACAGAUUCAAAUUCACGUUUCUCACUAACUCUUUCUCUAUAUCACACAUGCAUAUAAGGUACACUCUACUUGACACAUAAUUAUCGCGAGACAACAGAGGUGUGCAGAGACAGGUUCACGUGUGUAGAUAGCCAUUGGUGAACAUUUUUCUUUUUACUAAAGAACAAAAAUUCAUUAACCUAAUGGAAGCGAACUAUUCCUGCACGAGCGGUGCAGUCUCUUGUAAAAAAUAUAUACGUGCGAAAGUUAUAAGAAAGUGAGAUGAAAUGUGUUUUUCGAAACUUUAUUACCACUCAAUUCUAUGCUGUUCUGCUUGAUAUCGCAAUAGCCAGUAAAAACUAUUUGCUUAUUUUUUCGACGUUAAAUCAUAUACAUACCAAGUUUUUGUCAAAAAUUCAAAAAAGCUAUAUCAGAGAAAUCUAUAUUAAGAUAUUCAUUUUUUAUUUAUGAAAAUCGAUUUGUUUUAAUAUUAAGAUAAUAUAAUAUUGCGAACAUCUUCUAAUAGUAUGCGUUAAAUAAUAUCUAACAGUAUUUUCAGGAGCAAAGAACAUAAAUUCAAAAAAAUUACUAAGAACAAUGUUUGCGAUUUUAUGGUAGAAAUUCUUUUUUGUAUCUUCAAUAAUUUAAUCUAAGUAAAUCCAAAAUUUUACAUGUCAAUAUAACAAACAGCAUACAUACACACUGGCUGUGAUUAAAACAAUUUGUAGAGAAAGAUAAAAAAGUUAGAAUUUUUUUUCAUCUUUGCAUUUGUGACUUUAAUCUACAGAAUGUCAGAUACUGUAUAUGUAUAAACAUGCAAUGUUCUUCGUGUAAUUUCCUAGUGUAUGGUAUUUUCGUGUUUUAUGAUAAAUAUUUGCAUUUUCUGUGAAAUCGUCUGUUUGCUACUCUGAAUAUAACAUGAAAUGAAAACAAAUAUGAAAGAGAAAGAGAAAGAGCAACACAGUUUAACAAUUUCAAACAAACAUUUCAAUUUGAAUCACUGACUAUUUAAAAGGUUAAAAGGAAUGAUUACUCAGUUGAUAUUCAAUUUAAAACUAAGAAAACGGAAUGCUGCUUUAGAUUAAGUUUAGAUAUUACAAGCUACUUAUUAUCAAGAAGAAAAGAAUUAAGAGGUUUUGGUUAUAAUGGGCAAAAAUGUUGAAGCAAAUUUAUAAGAGGAAAGAGUGUUUGUUUUAUUCAGUUAUAAGAAGGCUUCUUGAAACAAAUUUUGUUUUGACAUUGUUUUUAAUACAAGUAAGGUUUCUAAAGCCGUGAUGGUUGUAAAUAAUGUAAAUAGUCGUGUCGUUACAUUAAUCUGAAAUAAAUAGUUCAGUAUAACUGGUUCUAAUAAAGUACUACAUUUCAGUGA